GAGAGCCAGAGAGAGAGAGAGAGAGAUGAGCAACCAUCAUAGGUUCAGACUAAGCCAUCUCAUGCCAAACUCUUGGUUCUACAAGCUGAGGGACAUGAAGAGACCGAAGCCACCAAGCCAAAGAAGACCUGGAACAUCAAAAACCUCCAAGAGAUCAAGCCACUGCUACCAUGGAACCACCACUCUCAAGCCUCUUCCAUGAUUACCACACCGAUCCUACCGCUACUUAAACACAAAGGAAAUGGCACUUGAGAAGCUACAACCCUCCACUCUCCAUCUUAAACCAAAGGCAUCAAACAUCAAUUUCCCCACAGAUCAUCAUCAUCACCACCACCGCCACCAUCAUUCGCCAACGUCAAGAGCAAGCGCCAUCAUCAUCGAAGACGACUACUUGUUUCAAGACUUGCAACUACGUCCGAUUCGCACCAGGCCAACAUCAAUCGGAUCAACAAGUGUGCAUAGCACGAUUACAAGCGGUACGUGCCCGAACUCACCGAGGCUGAGGAGCAGAAGGUUACAUGUUUUCAGUGGCUGUAGGGGCAGGACUACGAGUACUAGUCGCCGAAGAAGCGUCACGAGGAGGAGCUUCGUCGUCAUGAAGGUGUCGACAGACCCGCCAAAGGACUUCAGAGAGAACAUGGUGGAGAUGAUCGUCGAGAACGAUAAGCACGCGCUGGAGGAUAUGCAGGAACUCCUGGAAUGCUACUUGUCACUGAACUCGAGGGAGUACCAUGGAGUUAUCAUGGAGGUGUUCAGGGGAAUUUGGCUUCAGAUUGCUGAUGCCAUUGUUAAGGAUAGGAUUGGACGAGAAGCUCGAAGCUCGUGAGCUAGUUUAUUAGUUCGUGUUUGGCUCAGCUCGACUCAUUCCAAAAUUUAAUGAGUCAAAUUAGAAUUUUAUCUUGUUUAGAUAACGAUUCAGUUUACGAGCUGACGAGUCAGGAUCAUCAUCUACAUCAUAUCGAUCUCUUUUACUAUAGUCAUCAAUUUGCUGAUUGAUCAUCUUUAUCUUCGAUGGAGUU